CUUUGUAAAGUUUGGGAGCAAAGGGCCGCGCGUCAGACCAGGGGCAGCGGCAUGGAGCCGGGACCGGGCGAGUCCGCUGGGCUAUCGCCCUCCUUCAAGGAGGAGCUGCUCUGCGCCAUCUGCUACGACCCGUUCCGCGACGCGGUGACUCUGCGCUGCGGCCACAACUUCUGCCGGGGCUGCGUGGGCCGCUGUUGGGAGCUGCAGGACGCGCCCGCCUGCCCUGUGUGCAAGGAGCGGGCGUCCCCGGCAGGGUUACGCACCAACCACACGCUCAACAACCUGGUGGAGAAGCUGCUGCGCGAGGAGGCCUGCCCGGCCCGCCAGCGGGGUCCCCAUUUCUGCCGCCUGCACCACGGCCAGCUCAGCCUUUUCUGCUUGGACGACAAGGAGCUGCUAUGCGGCUCGUGCCAGGGCCACCCGCGGCACCAGGGCCACCGCGUGCAGCCUGUGCAGGGCACGGCCCGCGACUACCGGGCAAAGUGCAGGAAUAUGGAGCAUUGUCUUCGGGAGAAGGUCAAAGCUUUCCGAGCCAUGCGUCGUUCUUAUGAGGCCAUUGUCAGGCAUAAUCAGGUGGAAGCUACCUGGCUGCAGGGCAGGAUCCGGCAAGAGUUUGAGAAACUCCGAGAAUUCUUGAGAGUAGAAGAGCGGGCAGCACUGAAUGCUGUGACCGAAGAGGCUGGGCAGAAACUGAGGCAGGUGGAAGAAAAAAUGAAACAGUUGGCAGAAGAGACGGAGGCCUUGACUCAUGAGAUCGCGCGACUACAGAUGGAGAUGAAGGAAGAUGAUAUCUCCUUUCUUAUGAAACACAAGAACCGUAAACGUAGGCAUUCUUGCACAACUGAGCCAGAGCCCAUCCAACCAGGAAUGCUUAUUGAUGUCAGCAAGUACCUGGAUUCCCUGCAGUACCGUGCCUGGAAAAAGAUGCUGAGCAGUAUUGAAGCUGUGCCCUUCAGCUUUGACCCCAACACAGCCGCCGGCUGGCUGUCCGUCUCCGAUGACCUCACCAGGGUCACCAACCACGGCUACCGGGUGCAAGUGGAGAACCCUGAGCGCUUCUCGUCCUCACCCUGCCUGCUGGGCUCCCGUGCUUUCUCCCAUGGCUCCCACACCUGGGAGGUGGAUCUGGGCGGGCUGCUUAACUGGCGGGUGGGGGUGGCUCGGACUCGUCCUGAGGCUGGCGGGGACGGGCGCUCGCACAGCUGUUACCACGAUGCCCGCUCAGGCUUCUGGUACAUCUGCCGCACCCGGGGAGUGGAUGGGGACCACUGUGUGGCGUCCGACCCGUCUGCUUCGCCCCUGGCUCUGGCACUGCCUCAGCGCUUACGGGUAGAACUAGAAUGUGAGGAGGGUGAGCUUUCUUUUUAUGAUGCUGAACGCCAGUCCCACCUCUACACCUUCCAUGGUCGCUUUGGGGAGGUGCGGCCCUAUUUCUAUAUAGGGGGUACUCGGGCAGACACUCCCCCUGAGCCCCUGCGCCUCUGUCCACUCCAUAUUCAGGUCAAGGAAGAGUUCUAAAGCCAGGGACUUUGUAGUUAACCUUCUUCUCUGACUCAGUGUCUCUCCUUCCCGUUCUUCCCAUUGCCCUUUCCCUGGAAUUCCUGUUCCUGCUCUAUCUCUCCAUACCUGCCCCUAUCUUCUCCCCAUUGUGGUGUAGGGGAAUGAACGCUGGUUUUAAAUCAUAAGGCCUGUGUUCAAAUCCCAGUUCCACCACUUAUUAUUUGUUUGACCUUGGGAAAGUGAAUGCCCCUCUCCUGGUCUUUUGUUCCUUCAUUUUUAUUUUAUUUUAUUUUUCAGAGAUUAAGUCUCCCUCUCACUCAGGCUGCACAUGUGAUAACCCCAUCAGGGCCCACACCAAGGCUGAUGGGUCCAAAAACUUUAAUGCUCCAUUUUUCCAACCUGGAUCAGUUUCCCCCUCUUUAAACAGCCUGGUUUCUCCCCCUUGUUCUCAGGAGCUUCCCAUAGUGACGUUAGACUUAGCAUAGUCACUUAGCAAAGCUCCAUUGUCUAAGUGACUGACUGAGAGGAUACAGAGCAGAGAGCAGCUAAGCUACAAGAAGCCUAAGUGCCUGAUCUAUGCUCAACUGCUGCUGACUCAGCAGGCGUGUUUUACCUGGCUCACCUUAAAUGGCCUUCCAUGCUGCUUCUUCUCUGGCCCUUCUUUUUUUUUUUUUUUUUUUUUUUCUUAAAUUAAAGUUUAUUUCCACAAAGAUUUGCCUCCUCUCCCUUUCCUCCUUUUCCCUUCCCCUAAUAAAAGUAAAAACACUUGUUAAAAACAUAUAUAGUCAAGCAAAGCCAAUUCCCAUAGUGGCCGUGUGCCAAAAAUAGGUUUGUUUUCACUCUUGAAUCCAUCACCUCUGUCAGGAGGUGAGUAGCACUUUUCAUCAUGAGUUCUCUCGCAUUCUAGUUGGCUGUUGUGUUGACUUAAUUGGACUGUUCCUUCUCAUCCUCCCUUCCCCAGUACCUAAAGAAAAUUGCCACAGCCCAGUCCCAGCCCCUCUCUGCACUUUCUCCUUGCUUAUAACCUUAGCUCAUCAAUGAGCAUAACACAUUGCCCAAAACUGUAUCAUAAAGAGAAUGGUGGAAACAUCA